AUGGCAUGUGACUUCUAUGAUCCUACCUUUACUUCUAAAAAUGGAACAGCAAAAGAAGAUCGAGUUGUGCACUAUGACUAUGCUUCAUUGGGAUGUCCAUUGGUAGCAUAUUAUGCAUCCUUUUGGACGCCAGACCUUGAGCUGUGGUAUUCUGGUAAAUUCGUGGAGGAGGUUGAAGUGGAAUAUGUAUUGUUUGAAGUGAAUGGGAUAAACGAUUACAGCUAUGAACUCCGUGUACAUGACAUUGAUUGCAUCUCCGAAGUACAAAACUGGACAUUCAUGUUAGGCCAACAGUCCAAACCAAAUCCUCACACUGCUUGGAAUGCAAAGAAUUUCCAUAGCUGUUUGAAAUCUGGUCCACCACUAACUGCAAAUGUUUACGAUGAAUACGAAAUUAUGGGUGGUGGGAUCAGUAACCGAAUCCUCUUUGCAAGACGCAAUGGCAUUUAUAUUUUCAAAGCAAUUGUGGUAAACAACCAAUACAGCUUCUGUGAACUUUCCACUACGUUCAGCGUGUAUGUAUAUGGAGCUCACCCUGACCCUUUAUAUUCUUCAGAAAUGUUGCUUGGAGUUUUUAUUUCGGAUUGCAGUAUGAAGGUUUUUGCCAUGUCUUUGGAUUCCUCAGUUCCUUUAGUUUCACACGAGUGCAGUUUGCCAAUGCAAGUCAGUGGGGAAGCACUGAGCUUUCGGAAGAGAACCAACAGUGAGGAGAUUGAAGAGCUCCAAUGCAAUGGUAACCAACGGAAUUCUUAUGACCCAAGUGAUACCAAUGAUGAUUGCAUAGAAUCUAAUAAAUGGAUUCCCCCUGACUCUGACAAGAUUCAACAAAUAAUAUCACAGGUUGAAUUUUACCUGUCUGAUGAAAAUUUGGCAUCCGAUUGUUUUCUGCUAAAGCACAUGAAGAGAAAUAAAUUGGGCUACAUCAGCAUCAAACUUCUCACCUCCUUCAAAAAGAUUAAGAUCUUAACAAAGGAUUGGAAGGUAACAGCUUAUGCUCUUAAUUAUUCCAAUUUGCUGGAAAUAAAUCAAGAAGGGACAAAAGUUCGGCGAAGAAACCCUGUUCCGGAAUCCCUCCUGAAGCUACCAUCAAGUAAACGUAUAUUGGCGUGGAACUUUCGCAAGGAUUCUCCAGAGGAUGGUGGUGAAAAACAUGCUCAAAUAAAUGACAUGGAGAUGGCAAUGAAAACUUUUUCUAUUUAUGGCUCUAUCAGUUCAAUCCGCCUCUUGCAGCCAGGUAAGGAAAUUCCUACGGAAUUGAAAAAAUGUACAUUGAAAUAUCCAGAGGUUGGGACCAAAGUUUGUGUUUUGAUUGAAUAUGAGAAUCAUGAAGGAGCCAGAAAGGCGUACGAAGAACUUGGCCAAAGGCACAACUAUAACUGUGAGAGUAUAAAGGUUGUCGUACUGACAGGGAAAGGUGCCAAAAAAAUCAGUGAUCUAGACGCAAAAGAAUUGGAGGAUUUAAAAUCAAAUUAUAAAAAGCCUUCAAGACGACCAACAAAAAGAGAGCAAUUUCAAUCUGCAAUGGAAGAGUCUUUGUACAGUUCUUCAGAAUCUGAUGGUGCCACACCACCUGUCUUUGUCCAAAGGUAUCUGCAGCACCAAAUCUGUGAUGUCCAUGACGGCAAUAGUCAAAAGCUGAAUCCAUGCAUGGCCUCAAGGUCUCAUUCAUGGAGUGACCAUUACAGCCCAUCUAUUCCUCAUAGGGGGUUAGUUUAUCAUAAUCCAUCACCCCUAACAGAUUUUGGACAAGGGCUUUGGCCAAAUUCAUGUACAAAUCCAGAGCUAACCAAAAAAUUCCAUGACUGCUCAUCUGAUAGUGGGAAUUGUUCAGGAAGUCCCUGGGUGCAACGACGCAGGCUAGCUGCUUGUAAAUCUGUCUCUUUAGAGGUCAGCCAGGCCACGUGUAGGCAGUCAGGAAGGAAGUCUCAUUGUGCUACAGGCCUUCCGCCUGGAUUGAUCCGUCUUCCCUUUGGCCCAGAUGGUACAAAGGGCUUUCAUAAUAGCAUUGGAAGAGGGAGAAUAGUUCUAAGACACUGA